UGGAACGUUUCAUAUCAGAUGUGGUUCUGAUCUGGACCUGCGGGGCUCCGAGGAGAACUCACCGCCAAAAACAGGACGGAGCUUUGGUCCACCCCAUACAGAGACGACAUCCAGAAGAAGGAAUAUUUUACGCGUGAUGAUGGCCAGGCCAGAGUCACCCAGCUGUAAAUCAGAGAUGAGUGACAACUCUAGGAGCCACCCUAUUGACUUUAAAAGGGACCCUGACGAUGAAAGUGUGAUGUCUGGGAUGAUGUCAUCUACACAUCUAUACAGCUGUAUACCUGUGGUUAACAACCCACCUCAAGAAGACCCUCAAGAACACAGGCCAAGCCCUCGCUACGCUGAGGCUGGAGACGUGGCCUGUGAUCUGUGUGAAGGAAGGAAGUUAAAAGCUUUGAAGUCCUGCAUGACCUGCCUUGCCUCCUUUUGUGACAGUCAUGUCAGAGAUCACUACACCAUAGAGGCACUGCAGAGACACCUACUGGUGGAGGUCACCAGAAACCUCAGUGUACUUCAGGAGAACGCUCAGCUGAAGAAAAUGAUCAAGGAGGAAAGGUCAGAGAAGACGGCCCUGAGGGAUGAGAACCAAGCCCUGAGGAAAGAGGUCGCUAUGCUGAGGCAGACGAUCUGUGAGCUGAGGCUUCCUGACUUCCUGACACCUGCAGCAGUGGCUUCAACGAUGAAGGACUUUCAGGUGUCAGUAAGGUACACAGAUGCUGUGAGGAGGUGUGGCCUACAAGGACAGUACCUGUUACAGACCAACUUUGACAGCCUCAUUCUGAAAGAGCCAAAGACGGGAGAAGUGCUUUAUACCUGGCCAUAUCACUCCCUCAGGAGCUAUGGGCGGGACAAGACAAUGUUCUCCUUUGAGGCUGGGAGAAGGUGCGACUCUGGGCAGGGAGUCUUUGAGUUUGACACUAACCAAGGCAACACCAUCUACCAGUAUGUGGAGUCUGCCAUCAACCAAGUAUUGAAGGCCCAAACACAGCGGAGCCAGCCAAGAAAACACAAACACGUUUAUGAGCAGAUCGAUGAAUCUGGCAUCACAUCCACAUUCUCACAUCACCCCGGAAGACAUCCAGCUGCACACCAUGAAGACUCUGCCGUUAGACCUAGUGCACCCACAUCACUCUACAGCGAUCCAGAGGAGGUCAGCGGUACUUCUCAGCAGAUACUGGGCACUGUGAAUGACCCAAGUGGGCAUGAAUACCCGUAUAGUGCAUACGAGGAUGACUAUGUGUUUGCUAAAUCUCCCACGAGGACCUGGAACCUCGUACAGGAGCUUGGGAACGAUGAAGAUGAGGACUGUACACUGUUCAAUGAUGUGACAGUGAAGAUGAGAACUAAUAUGAUAUGAUACAAUAUGAUCGAGUCUUUCAUCUACACGGGUUAAUGACCACCUGACUUGGACUCGACGAGUAGACUUUGGUGCAAAACCUUGUAAACGCUUUUCUUAAUUUAAAUGUACAUGGAGCUUUUAUUAUAUAAAUACAGUUGUAUGUUAGAUCAUUUCUGUUGCUCCAUUUAUCAUGAAAUGAUUACACCCAGCCACAGUGCCUUUGUUGGAACUGUAUGAAGCCUGUGCUUCUUUCUACUUCACCAAGAGAACAUUUUACUCUGUAUGCCUCAGAAUUCCCCAACUGUCUUUGCAAAUAAACCACAUUUUCCAGAGAAAGUGUGA